CACUGUUGACUUCUCUACCGGAAGAUAUGGACGAACUCUACGCGGGAAACCAAUGUUGUUUUGUCUGUGCAGUCUGCUUGUAGACUGGACUCAGCAGAGAAGUGAAACAGCGGAAAAACAGCAGGAUGAAGGUGAUAACAUGUGAGAUUGCGUGGCACAACAAAGAGCCUGUCUACAGUCUGGACUUCCAGCACAACUCAGAGGGCCGCAUACACAGGCUGGCCACAGCAGGAGUGGACACCACUGUCAGGCUGUGGCGUGUGGAGAUGGGGCCUGAUGGGAAGGCAGUGGUGGACUUCCUGUCAAACCUGGCGCGGCACACCAAGGCCGUCAACGUGGUGCGCUUCUGCCCCAACAGUGAGCUGCUCGCCUCUGGAGGAGAUGAUGCAGCCAUCCUGCUGUGGAAGCUAAACGACAGUAAGGAGCCUGAACAGACCCAAUCGUUCCAGGAGGAGGAGGAUAGUCAGCUCAACAAGGAGAGCUGGAGCGUGGUCAAGACCCUGAGGGGACACAUAGAGGAUGUGUAUGAUAUCAGCUGGACCCGGGAUGGGAACUUCAUGGUCUCUGGUUCUGUGGACAACACUGCCAUUAUGUGGGACGUCACAAAGGGUCAGAAGCUGUGCAUCUUUAAUGACCAUAAGAGCUAUGUGCAGGGAGUGACCUGGGACCCGCUGGGCCAGUAUGUGGCCACACUCAGCUGUGACCGGGUGAUGCGUGUGUACAGUACUCAGAGCAGGAAGAAGGCCUACAGUGUCAGUAAGAUGAGCUCUGGAUCAGCUGUGGAGGGAGAGGUGAAACAGUACCGAAUGUUCCAUGAUGACAGCAUGAAGUCUUUCUUCAGGCGACUCACCUUCACACCGGACGGAUCCUUUCUGCUUGCCCCAGCGGGGUGUGUGGAGGCAGGGGAGAACGUCACCAACACUACAUACGUAUUCUCCAGGAAGAGCCUCAAGAGGCCCAUAGCUCACCUGCCCUGCCCUGCUAAAGCCACCCUGGCUGUACGCUGUUGCCCUGUCUACUUUGAGCUGAGGACCAAGAAGGAAGAUGAUGGCAGUGCCCAGCCCCUGCCUAACAUGUUUGGCUUGCCCUACAGACUGGUGUUUGCUGUGGCAUCAGAGGACUCCAUCUUCCUCUAUGACACUCAGCAGACCCUACCCUUCGGCUACGUGUCCAACAUCCACUACCACACACUCAGCGACCUCACCUGGUCUCGGGACGGUUCUUUCCUGGCGGUGUCUUCUACAGACGGCUACUGCUCCUUCCUUUCCUUCUCUCCUGGCGAGCUGGGCACCCCCCUGAAGGAGCCCCCAGUCCUGGAGGUCGUCACCCCCGGCAACGGCCCAGAGAAGAAGGGCAAGAAGGCUGCCAUGGCUCGCACGGUGUCCCCCGUCCCUAAAACCACAGAGAGCACCGCCACUGUCCACGCCAUUCCUAAAGAGACCCCCAGCACCCCCCUCUCCUCCCUCACCUCCCAUGCCACCCACCUGGUCCCUGGGGGUGAGGAGAACAACAACCCUGGCAAGGCCAAGCCACAGCCCCGUAGGAUUACCCUCAACACCCUGGAGGGAUGGGGCAAGCCCAGCACCCCCAAAGCCACUGCUGCUAAUUCCCCCAAGAUCCCCACCACAGCCAGCAUCAGCGACCCCUCCACCCCUCAGCAGCCACACCUCAUCGCCUCUACCCCCAACACCCGCCUCACCCCCUCUACAGCCCAGCCCUGCCUCACCCCAAAGGCACAAAGAAACACUCUUGACCCCAGCACCCCUAAAGCUAGCACCACCCCUAAAGAACCUGUCCCCAGACGGAUAUCUCUGACUCCCGUCGUCUCUAGAUCUCCAGCUGCCUUUACCACACCCUCCUCCACGGAGAAAGCCAAACAUGAACAACCCUCUCCCCCCACCGACCCUGUGUGCCAGCCCCCAGAGUCCAAGCGGCCCAAGACCAGCACCCUGGCAGGCAAGACCGGGGUGGCUCCAGCCUCAGGGGCCACACCCAACCCCUAAGGACCCCUCAUUGCCAAGAACCCUCUGCAGGACAGAGUGGUGUCAACAUGCAACUCGCAUAUUAUCAUCCUACACACACACACACACACACACACACACACACACACACACUCUCAAGUGUCUAGCCUAUAGAACUGCUUAGAGACUGGUGUUGUGACCUAAUUUACACACACACGCUCACAAGAGUUCACAGAGCAAAGACUGGUGUUUCCUCCUAAUGUAAUUUUCUGUAUGUUUUUGUAAUUUCACAUCCUGAAUUCUUCUGUAGCUCAUUUAAUUUGAUAACCAGGUAGUUAUUUAAGUGAUAAUGCCCGAGAAGCAUUGUUAGCCGUGCCAAUAUAUCCUCCAAACACCGUCUUCGAGGGCAUUAUCAAUUUUAUACAGCGGGUUACCAACACAUUCAAAUAAGGUUAUUUUUAUGAAUUUAUUCAUACUAUUUCAUCCUUCCUCAAGAUAUAGUCUGGACACAAAUCUAGGGUUGCUACCCAAGCCGGCUGGUCGUUUGUUCGUUCAGUCUUUUUGUUCUGUAUCUAUGCCAUACUGGCUGGCAACGUUCUUAUUCCUGGCUUCUAGUGACAUUUAUUUGGAAACAUCUAUAACAAUGAGCUAAUGAGACGCGAUUUAGCCUGGCAUAGAAGAUGUGCUCUCUCAUCAGGACACUGUUGUUCAGAGGAGCUAGCUAACAACACAGCUACAAUAACUUCAAACAGAAGCUGGAAAGACUGCAAACUAGCUUUGUUUCAUUUGACCUUUUUUCAGUUGACAUUUCUUUGUGUAUAUUCAUAAAAAUUAUCCCAGUUGAUUCAUGAUUUCGACUGGCUGAGAAACGCUGCCCGUCUUUCUCGUCCCGACCUCUACAAGUUCAUUACUAUGGGACAGCUGGAGAUUGAAUUUGAAUAUUGAAGCAAAUGUCAGAGACAGGCAGCAAGGUUCAUACAAAUCUCCAUUGUUGAAAUCUAAAAGAAAUUUGAGAAUGUCUAGAUGCUUUUUAAAGUUUAGAACUUCCCUUCCUGGGCUGAUGAGACAGUGGAUUGCGCAUUCAGAUGGAACAGAGUAAAUACGCAUUUUAACACCAUAGAUUUAGCCAGUGGUAACUUGUGGAAUAGACACCGGCUGGAAUGCGCUUUUAACCAAUCAGCUUUCAGGAUUAGACCCACCCGUUGUAUAAUGUAAAUUAAAAACUGUGGUUCCAGCCCUGAAUGCUGAUUGGCUGACAGCCAUGGUAUAUCAGACCGUAUACCACGGGUAUGACAAAACAUUUAUUUUUACUGCUCUAAUUAUGCUGGUAACCAGUUCUGCGUCGUGCCUAAGAACAGCCCUCAGCUGUAGUAUGUUGGCCAUAUGCCACACCCCCUCGUGUGUUAAUUCUUAAAUAAAAAUGUACCUGGCUAAAAAUAAAGGAUAAGAAACAGAAAGUUACAUAUAAGAUAAAACCACCUCAGUCCAAAUGAAGCUUAGCUCAUGUAUGAAACUGUACAAUGGUCAUUGACUUUAGUCUGAAUGGUUGUCUGUAUUGGUGUUAUAUUGGGGUCGUUUCUCCUUUUUAUAUGAAUGUUUGUGUAUUGUGCUUUUUGGAUUUUGGUAACAUGCUUGUCUAAAAAAAUAAAAAAUGUAUUUGUUA